AAUGUCAAAUUUGUUUGCUUGCUACUGUCAAAAAUAGCGAGUUUUCGUGUUUGUGUUUUUUGAUUUGAUUGUAUUUUGUGAUCUUUAACUUUAGUUUUAUUGGACGAUACAAUACCUAAUAUUAAGGCACCUAUAAUUUACAAUCACUUAAAGAAACAUGUCUAUCACUACACUGUACUAUUUACAACUAAAAAAAGAAAAUGCUCAUGAAGAUUCUGUUUGGUGCUGUGGAUGGAGUAAAAUUGGUAACGAGAAGCCCAAAGACGAUGAAAAUGUUGAGCAAUCUCAGGACUCUAAUCAUUCGCAAGAAGCCGCAGAAACCUAUGUAAUCACUGGAGGUCUUGAUGACCUGAUUAAGAUAUGGCAGUUGGAAAAUGGUAAACUUGAAUUGAAACAUAAACUGGAAGGCCAUUCCCUUGGAGUUAUCUCAGUUGCCGUAAGCCCCGACGGAAAAACUCUAGCCAGUAGUUCCCAAGAUUCAUCACUAAUACUUUGGGAUAUUGCAUCUGGUGAUAAAAUAAAGACAAUGGAAACUGGGUCAACAGAUGUGUGGACUUUAGACUUUUCCCCGGAUGGCAAGCAUGUUAUUUCAGGCAGCAAUGCUGGCAAAAUAUUGAUUUUUAGUGUGGAGACUGGGAAGCAAGAACAGACCUUGGAUACUAGAGGAAAAUUCACACUGAGUGUAGCCUAUAGCCCCGAUGGCAAGUAUAUUGCCAGUGGAGCGUUGGAUGGCAUCAUCAACAUAUUCGACGUUGCACAGGGCAAGAUCAAGCACACACUAGAAGGGCAUGCUAUGCCGAUCCGCAGCUUAUGUUUCUCUCCCGACUCACAACUCCUUUUGACUGCAUCUGAUGAUGGGCAUAUGAAACUGUAUGAUGUGGUCCAUGCAAACUUAGCAGGCACACUGUCAGGGCAUGCAUCCUGGGUGCUUUCUGUAGCAUUUGCUCCUGACGGCAAGCGGUUUGUGUCAGGCAGUGCUGACCGGACCGUGCGUGUUUGGGAUCUUGACAGCAUGCAGUGCCAAAAUGUGUUCAAAGAGCAUACUGACCAGGUGUGGGGAGUUAAAUUCAAUGCAGAAAGCAACAAAAUUGUAUCAGUUUCAGAAGAUAAAAGUGUAAAUAUUUAUGACUGCCCAUUAUAGCGAGUUAUAAUAAUGUGUAUUGUAAUAUAAUGUACUUUUUAAGGA